AUGCUGGUCUUUGUCCUUGGUGUCUUUGGUGCCCUGCCCUUACCCAUGAGCCUGUUGGUGGAUGUCUUGGGCUUCCAGGCACCAUGUGCUUUUGCUCCAUGGGUCUUCCUCACGGGCACUCUGGCCAUGCCAGUAUUCUUACUAACGUUUCCAUACUGCAGCUGCGCCUCCCCGAAAUGCUUCCUUGACGUCGUCAGCAUCCAUCAGACGGACCGCGCCCUCAAGAUGAGGGGUGUCUAUGGGCUCGGAGGUUUCCUGAAGGUCUCGGAGGAGAUGCGCGUGUUGUGGUCCCCACCCUACCUGACCCGCCUCUGGUGUGUCUUCGAGCUCGCCGCCUUCCGGAAAGCGAACCCAUCCAAGCCUUUGUGCCUGAAGCCCCUCUUUGUGGAGAGCCAGGUGUUUCUGUUCAUGAUCGGAAGUGGCCUUUCCACUGGUGCAUAUAUUGCGCAUCAGUUGGACCAGGGGUAUGGGCUGGGCAUCGUGGCCCUCACGCUGGCCCCUUUGGUGCUCGUUGUGCAAACCAACCGAAAGUUCAUGAGGGAGGAGAAAAAUCUCACUGUAUCGCUUGAGAACUUCGACUUGAGGAAUGCAGAAUGCCACCUUGAGGCUGACAGGGUCUUCGUCUCCAUGGCCAUUGCUGCUUGGUAUGGGAGUGAGGAGGAGUUUACGGACUAUGUCCGGGGCCCGUUGAGGAAAGAGCUGCUCGCAGCCGGCGGACUUGAUCUCCCCUUCAGUUAUGCCCUCUUCACGGCCAUAAGCCCGUUCUGCAUGGUAUUGGACAUCGUUGUGGCCAUGAUUCGUGGCGGCGCGCCAGUUGAUGCUGUGCUCGCCGAGUUCAUCGGCGCUGGGCUUGGCGUAACCCUGUUGUUUAUGCCAGUGUGUUGCAAAAUCGUGUGGUGUCUCUGCAACCGGUGGGCGUCCCCUGGUUCAACACGCCUCUAUGACUACUCAGUGAGCCUGGUGGUUUUCGUGAUCUUUGUCCUGCUCGUUGCGACAAGCGGGGUUAUCAUUUUCAGGUAUGUCGUUACAAAGUCGCUGCUUGGUGCUGUUGCAGUUUGCAGUGUGUCUUGUGCCCUCGCCAUCUUGGCCUAUGGCCGGUAUGCAUGGAGCAUGCGCGUCAAGGGACUUGGCAUGACCAUGGGCGGCACAUGGAAACAGGUGGCGCGGGCCACCCUGGGCCUCGCAGUUGCCCCAGCUGCUGUGCGGACCCUCAGCCUUGCAGUUGCCAAGGGGCGCAGUGUCCAUGUGGUCUACUCUAUGGGGGUGCCAACACUGAGCAACAUGAUCUUCGAAGAGAACUUGCGGAAGAAGGCAGAUCAAGCUGCAUGGGACAGCGGAGAUGAUACCAUCCUCGCCAGCUCCGUGGAGAAGAUGUGCGAGGUGUGGAGGCAUGCCGGGGUCUCGGUGCACAAGUACCACGCACACAAGAUCCACCACAAGGAGCUGAUCACGUGCCCGUACAUGAUGAAAGUUAUGAGUGAAGUGAUGGAGCACGGUGGUGGCGAAGAAAGCUCGGAGUACGAAGCGGAAGAAGACCUUGACGAGCAUGCUUGUAGCUGUUGA